AUGUUUUUCGAGCUCUGUAAGCUGCUCCAGAAAAUUAAUCAAACCAAGGAGGGGGCAUUGGAACCUCUUCCAGUCUGUAGUCAGCAGGUUGCAAGCACUGAACUUGAGACUGGGUGGUGGGAGCAGUCUUGUAGGACUCAGCCCCUAACCCCCGGGGACCUGAUGUUAUCUCCAAGAGAUAGUGUCAGAACUGAGUUGAAUUAUGGAUGGCCCAGCUGGUGUCACAGAAUUUCUUGGUGUGAGGAAGAAAACCUACAUGUUAGUAGAAUUGGGAGCAGAAUUGAACAGCUGGAACUCUUACACAUGGCUGGUAGGAACGUAAACUGGUACAGUAGCACUUUACAAAAGUGUUUAACAGCAUCUGCUAAAGCUGAACAUGUGCAUACCUGA